UCAGUUGAAUUAAAUGUAAACAAAUCGAUGUUUUGGUUCCGUUCUCACCGAAAAAGAAGGCAUUUUUCUGAAUAAUAAUUGUUUCAAUAGUUUGCCGGAAAAUGUCCGAUCCGUUCAACGAGCCGAUGCUGGCCACCGGUGGGUACGACCACACGAUCAAGCUGUGGCAGCCGUACUCGGGCUUUUGCUACCGCACACUUCAGCACACCGAUUCCCAAGUAAACGCACUGGACAUCAUCCCGAACGGGACGAUUCUGGCGGCGGGCGGCUACCAGCACAUCCGGCUGUACGACAUGAACUUUAGCUAUCCGGUGGUCAACUUUGAGUGCGUCAUGAAGAACGUUACGCGGGUUGGGUUCCAGGAGGACGGCAAGUGGAUGUACACGGGCGGGGAGGACUGCAAGGUGCGCAUUUGGGACAUGAGCUCGCAGAGCCCGGCCUGCAAGCGGAUGUUUGACUGUUUGACGCCGGUGAACGCGGUUUGUCUGCACCCGAACCAGGUCGAGCUGGCGAUCGGGAGUCAGGGCGGGAGCGUUUAUUUGUGGGACGUCAAGUCGGACGUGCACGAGCAGCUGAUUCCGGAGGUGGAGGCCUCGAUCCAGGACAUUGCGAUCAGUCCGAACGGGGCGUUUAUGGCGGCGGUUAACAAUAAGGGCAAUUGUUACAUUUGGAGUUUGAGGAACAGUUCGAACAGUGAGACGCAGCUGACGCAGACGGAUCCGAAGCUGCGGAUUGAGGCGCACUCGCGGUACGCGUUGAGGUGCAAGUUUAGUCCGGAUUCGAGCCUGCUGGUGACCUGUUCGGGGGAUGGGACGGCCAAGAUCUACAAGACGGACACGUUUCAGCUGCACGCCGAGCUGAAGAUUGAAAAGUACUGGAUGUGGGACGCCGUGUUCAGCAACGAUUCCAAGUAUCUGUUCACGGCGUCGUCGGAUGGGCACGCCCGGCUGUGGAAGAUUGAGACGAAGUCGAUUGAGCGAGAGUACCACGCGCACCUGAAGGCGAUCACGGCGUUGGCGUUUCGCGAUGUUUCGCCGAAAACGUAAUUAUUUAAAGGAAUAAAAAUUGUGCUUGAAAAAAA